CAAAUUCACCGCAUUCGGAGUCCGUGCGUUCGUUCGACCGGUACGUGAGUAUUCGUGUGUUGUAUUAUUGUUUCGUGUAUAAUAAUAAUACCAGUAUAUUUUUUACUCGCUUAAAAAAUAAGAUUAUCCUUCAUUCGUGUUAGUGCGCUGCUAGAAUAAAUGUUGUGAAAUUUUCAAUAUUUACUCGGUUGCUAUUUUGAUUUUUCUAACAGAUUCCAAUGGGGUUGUUUCCGUUGGAUAUUAAUACAAAAGUGUUAUCGAAUACGUAUUUAGUGUCCGGAUCAUCACUGGACGCUUAAGGAAUAUCAAUGACCGCCGGGCCCAUGACGCGAAACGGCGAAUGUAAGAAGUUUUCGCCGAAUAUUUUCAACAAGUCUAAAUGUACCAAUUGCUUCAGACAGAAAGAAGAGCACAGCGCUGAAGCUUUGGAAAGCAAUAGGGCUACCAGGAAAGCGGUAAAAUGCGGAUAUCUAUUCGUAGCGCCCGGACGAGAUUUCUCAAAUCCUAUAAACAGGACCAAGAGAUGGCAAAGGCGGUGGUUUGUGCUGUUCGACGACGGAGAACUGAUUUAUUCGCUCGACGAACAUCCCGACACAGUACCUCAAGCUCGUUUGGAUAUGUUCACGGCAAUCGCUGUGGAAGAAGCAGAUGAAGCUACCGGUAAUCCUCACAGUUUGGCCAUCACUUCCGCAGAUACCAGUGUACACUUUGUUCGGGGAGCAUGUAGAGAAGAGGCCAAAGGGUGGAAAGACGUACUUACCUCAUACAUGCGUCAUUCUACACAAAUUACUCCAUCAACUAACGGCGUGGCAAAGCACAAGCGUAACUCGACGUUCCCGGGUCCAAACACCACAUCCGGCGCCUUGAAUGGAACUGUUAAAGCCACUACUAUUUCUACGAGUACAAAUCAGACUAGUCAUCAACAAACAAUAGGAUGGGCGACUUCAACGCCAAUUGUUUCUGAACGAGACCAAAGACCCCGUUCAUCGACGGCACCCGUUAUUGUGGCCACUGUGCUGACCAACAAAACCGAACGAAGUGUGUAUCAACCUAAUUCUCCACCAACUAGAGAAAAAGUCCGCUCAGAAGAAAAUGUACGACUCAGAUCAUCUGAGCAACACAGGUCUAGUUCUAGUUUGUCGCAAACGUCUUCUUCAGGGUGGGAUCAAACUGACUCAACGGAAUGUGUUACCAGGAGAUUACUUAUUGAAGAUUUUGAUAACGAAUGCAAACUCAAAGAAAUUGCUGAUUCCAUUUCCCGAAUUCAUCCUCGAAAUAAUAAUAUUGGAAUACUAUCCAAAUCAAGAAAUCUGGAACUAAGCAAAGACACGGACGUUACCAAUCAAAAACAAGUGCGUGGUGAUCCAGACGGUUGUGGUUUGGAUUUGUCAUUACGAUACUCGCCCAAUUCCGAACUUAGAGUCGAAUUGCCAACCGAAGAUCUUUUGAACAUAAAGAAAGGAUGGCUUAUGAAACAAGGAAGCACGCCAGAUGAAUGGAAUAAACAUUGGUUUGUGUUAAGAGGAUCUGCAUUAUUAUUUUACCGCGAUCCUACUGCUGAAGACCAAGGUAUUCUUGAUGGUGUUGUCGAUUUAAGUUGUGUAACUACUGUCAAUGAUGUACAAGUGAAUAGAAAUUAUGGAUUUCAAACAACCUCCUGGGAUGAUAAAAGAGUAAUUUUAUCAGCAAUAACAACAGGAAUACGAACAAAUUGGGUUUCUGCUAUUCGAAGAGCUGCUGGGCUUACCGAGGAUAAUAUACUUGUUAAACCAUCGUUGGAUGGAACAUUAUCAUCUUCGAGAUCAGUAUUAUUUUCAUCGGAUGAUGAAUAUAGGACUGCUUCAGAAUGUGGACGUCAUGAAAGCAGUGAUUGGGGAGAUACUUUACCACCAUCACCUCCACUUAAUCGGACACCUAUUUCAAAAGUAAAAGAGCGAGCUAGAGGAGGACCUCGGAGUAGAAUUUUUACUGGUGGAAGUUUAGCAGCAAAACGGUCAAAGUCUUCACCUCCUGUGUCUCCAAAAAGUUUAUCUGAAACUUCAAAAUCUGAUGAUCUUUUACUAUCUUCAUGUGCUGAAUCUGAUGACACUAAGAGUGACCACAGUUCUUUAGUUGGCCGAGUUGGUAAACAAGCAGAUGAUUUAGCUGAAGUUAAAAAACAACUUACUACUGUGCUGUGUCAAUUAAGUAAUGCCGAACAAGAAUUGAUAAGACUGCGGCAGCGUAAACAUGAUGUAUUAGCGUUACAAAAACAAGUCGAAACAAUGGCCACGUCGUUAAAAAUGGCCGAAGAUAUGAUCAAACAAAAAUCAGAUCAAUUAACUGAAUUUGAAUCACUGAAAAAGCUAUAUAGAGACGAGAAAAAAACUUGGGAAGCUGCCUUACUAUCGGUGCAAAGUCAAUCUGAACAACAUCUAGAAGAAUUAGAGAGAACAAGAGAACAAGUAUCCAGACUUAGAGGUACACUAGCAGAUGUGUCUGAUCGUUUGGCUAGAGGAAUCGAAGAGAAUGAAUCUCUUUAUAGAAGAGUGCGAGAACUCGAAGGUCGUUCUAUACCUAUAAAUACUUCAAUUCGAGAUAGUCGUGCCCGAAGUUUAGAUUCAUUGAGUGAUCUUACAAAUAUUGAUUUGGAUUUAGAUACAGAAAAUAUGGAUAAAGAAAGGGUUGUUGAAGAAUAUGAAGAUCUUCGCUGUAGAUUUGAAAAGGCUGUUCAUGAAAUUCGAGCUAUGAAACGAGAACUUAAAGAAUCAAAUGUACAGACAGAUAUUUUAGAGUUAGAACUGAUCAACGCUAGACAAGAUUUACAUAUCAGACAACAAACUUAUGAAAGUCAAGCUUCAAUGAUGGCAGCUAGGAUUCAAGAUUUAACCACAAAACUUACUGCUGCUGAUAAACAAAUUCGCUUACUCAAACAAAAGUUAACAAAAUCCGAAGGUCGUGAUAAACGAAGAUCUUUAUCAUUAAAAGGACGUGAAUCAUUUACUAUUUGCAAAGAGCUCGAAGAAAAGCUAGUCGAUUUGGAAAAGAAAAUAGGCAAGAUUGAUACAAAAGGCAAUGGAACCAUCGAGAAGACAGAGUCAACUGAAACGGGUUGUCGAGCAAGUACUGUAGCGUCAAGACUUAGACGGAAGUCUUUGGAUAGUGCAACGAGUUGUGAACCUAUGAAAGUGCUUAUACGCAUGACUUCUCUUGAGAACCGCAUUGCUGAAUUACAAAAACCAAAUCAAGACUCGACGAACAUUUCCAUAGAUGAUAGUAUUGAAACUAAAGAUACAGAAGUAUUGAAAAUUGAACGGGCCUGGAGAUCAAAGCUUGGUGAAAUCGCAUCUAAAAGAAAGAAGUUGCUUGAUGAAGGAAAAUUGGACAGUGAAACAAAAACUACUUUAUUAGCAGAAAAGGUAGCCACUGAGGCAGUUUUCUUAAAUAAACUAAGGCAAUUAAUGAAAAAUGAUGCUGCAGUUGAGACCUCAAAUCGACUUAAAAAUCGUCUUGAAGCCAAUCUUGAUUUGUUUGCAGAGGUUAAAAAAAUCACUAAUAUAAAAAACAAUACAGAAAAGAGGGUUAAAGAGUUUUUAGAAAAUAGACUGAGCAUAAUUUAUAAGCAUAAAUGGGAUACCGAUGAUAUUAGGAGUGUCGCUUAUGAGUGUUUAGAGAGUAUUGUGACGGAUACUGAAAUGCACAUGGCACUUGACUACUAUUUUAAGACUCAAGAUCUGACGGACAAAGGAAGUGUUAUGUUAAUACAAUGCGUUUUAAACAGAAGUAAACUUGAAACAUGGCUUCUCGACGUUCGUAAACUAAUUGAAACUCAGAUGGAAGAAGUUAUACAAGGGUUACCAAAUAAGAAUAAACGUUGUGAAAAUAAUGGCUGUUUAGUUGAAUAUUUUGAGGUAGCUGUACUUCAUUGCAUGUUGGAAUCUGGUUUGAAAUUAGUGGAUAAAAGAUCUCCAAAAAGCAAAAUGGAAAUGAACGAAUCUGAAACAAUAUCCGAAUGUCAAUAUUUGGCGGCAAAAAUAUGCAAUUGCCUAUCUUUACAAGACGAUGAACGAAUGUUGCAAGAUAGUUUGGGCGGAGUGGAGUCAGAAGUUUUAGCUUUGCGUACUUGUAUGGAAGAAAUAAUUGAUAAGCGCCAGUUAAACGGACCAGCUUCCGACCCGCAACCAUUGCGCAAUGAAAGCAAGACCACAUCUUGGAUUGAAGAUGUGUGCAACAAGUGUCAUGACUUACGCAUGCAAAUAGCUUCACUACAAAUGUACCUUGCUCAAUGUCAAGAAUGUCAGCGAUGUGUAUAUUUACAAGAGAAGAUCCAGAGUUACGAACAAGAGCACAAUGAUGAACUAGAAAACGUGCAAAAACGACACAAGAUGGACAUGGCAGAGCUUAAGAGUAGACUGGAAGAGGAAAAACAAAAAACGUUGGCUGUCAGCGAACAAGAGCAAAACGUAUUAAAAGAUCGUAUAAGAAAACUAGAAAAGCGAUUGAGUGCAUUAGACGCCGAGUACAGUCAACAGAUGGAUAACUUGAGAUUAUCUUAUCAGCUUUCAUUAGCUUCUAAUGAAAUGCCUAGUACUGUCAUGACAGAGGAGUCGACCAAGCUUAGAUAUCAAACAGAAAUCGAGCACUUACGAGCUUUGUGUGAAAAAGGUCUUUUAGCGAUGGAAAAUUCACAUAGGCGUAUUAUAGCCGAGUUGGAAGAAAAACACCGUCAAGAGACCGAAGCAUUAAGAGUGGAAAAAGAACAAGCUCUUGCUGAAGAAACUCACGCUACACUUGCGGCAUUGGAUGCAAUGAGAAAAGCGCAUGAAGCUGAAGUACAAAAAGAAGUAACUAAAUUUAAGUCGGAGUUUUUGAAAAAGGUUCAAUCUAGCCAUGAUAUUGGUACUCUACAUAAAGAACAUGAAGCUGAAAUGGAAGAGAUUAAAAAAGAGAUACUUUCGUUAUCUGAAAAAUAUUCCAUAAAGUGUGUAGAGUCGGCCAAUUUGGAAGAAGAAUUGAAAUCAGCCAAUUCUCAACUUGCUCAAGCUCAACAACAAAUUUUUCAAUUAGAUUCCAGGAACAAACAGCUCCGAGCACAUUUAAUAUCAGAAUGUAACGAUUUGCCUUUAGAACUUGAGUUAGUGAAUGCUGGAGCUGAACUGACCCGUUUAAAACAAGACAUUCUGCAUGGUGAAUCGCUUGAAAGCAUUUUGAACAGUGUUGAACAGUACAGUGCUGGCGCAAUAAUGGCGAAAGUCGACCGUCCUGUUAUUGUAGCGCUGGUAAAUAAGUUGCGGCACUUCUCUAAACAUGAUCUUCAAGAACCCAUUGUCGUCGAGUCACAAAUUACAUCAAAAAAAAGUAACGUGAUUCCUAAAAAUACAGAACCCUCGCCUCUUUGUGAAGCAGAGCCGAAGAGGUAUCUGUCACAUCAAAAUAACAACAAAAAUAAUAUCGGCAAAGAAAUGACUACGUCCUCUUCAUACAGGCGGUGUAAUGGUAUUCUAUUGAAAUCUCCUGGCAUGUGUGGAAUGGUUGCCGAUCGAAAGAAAAUAUUUGAACAACGUUGAUCGAACUAAAAACUAAUACUGAAGUUCAUGAUAACUCGUUUAUAUUAUUAUAUUUAACAAUUCAUAUUGAAUUAUUUUAUAUUACAUAUUAUGAAUAAAUAAUAGAAAUGUUAAUUUUUUUUAACGUUUCAAAAACUCAAAUGUGUUCAACAAACUUAUCUAUUUUGUA